AUGAAGAAGCCAACUUGUGAAGGCUUUUGGAGGAUCUGUCAGAUCUUUUUUGCCGAAAUGCUGGCCUCUGGUUUGGCGCACUUCUUCUGCUUCCUCGUAGACGUCUCUGUAGCCAAUCUCACUAUGGUGGCGGGUUUCCUAGCGGGUGCCUCAGUUUACCUCGCUAUCUGGUGCACCUUCACCACCAGUGGGGCCCAAAUUAAUCCCAUGGUCACCCUGGCAGUCGUUGUUACCCGACGUUUGUCACCACUGCUUGCCCUUGUCUACCUGGUGGCGGAUUUUGUGGGUACUCUGACAGCCAUGGGAAUUGCGUGGGCCAUCUCGCCUUUCAAGGAUCAGGAGCCUGGCACCUAUGGGAUGACGCUUCCUGGGAGUGGUGUUAGCUCUCUUGUAGCUACUUUUACAGAGGCUCUGUCUACAUUCAUCCUCCUCAUAGUCAUCUUGGCCUCUUUGGAUGAAGUACGUGCUAAGGAGUGGCGGCCGGAGCAGGGAGCUCCCUUCCCCCUCGCUGUCAUGUUGGCUCUCACAAUCAACGUGAUGCUCACGCUGCCAAUAUCUGGAGCCAGCAUGAAUCCCACAAGAAGUCUGGCUGCGGCAAUCAUCCAGAACAACUUCGACCGGCAGUGGAUUUACGUUGCCGGCCCGGUACUGGGGACAUUGGUGGCUUGUGUCUUCUACGAGUUUGUGAUUUGUCCCUUUGCGUCUCUCAAUCGAACACGACACUGUCUUUGCUCCUCAAGCUUCGACCGAAAGGAGCGAUAUGCCUCAGAAGAGGUGGAUGCCUAG